CCCUGUGGCCAAACACUGCCCGGAGUGAGAGCAAACUACCAGCGCAGUGGGGCCGGCGCGAGUGUGCGUGCGUGUGUGUGCGUGUGUGCGAGAGAGCGAGCGCGGUGGGAGGGGGGGAACCAACUGCUUCACACUUUCAACACUGCACUGAAGAAGGGAGAGAGAGAGAGAGAGAGACAGACUGGAGACGCACAGAUCCCCCCAAGAUCUCCCAAAGCUAUCGUCCCACAGAUUAUAAAACAGAACCCCAAAAAUCGAAACAGAGGAAACGGACAGCGGUUGAACAUGGACGAAGGAAUUCCUCAUUUGCAAGAGAGACAGUUACUGGAACAUAGAGAUUUUAUAGGACUGGACUAUUCCUCUUUGUAUAUGUGUAAACCCAAAAGGAGCAUGAAGCGAGACGAUAGCAAGGAUACCUACAAAUUACCGCACAGAUUAAUAGAAAAGAAAAGAAGAGAUCGAAUUAACGAAUGCAUUGCUCAGCUGAAAGAUUUACUGCCUGAACAUCUGAAGUUGACAACUCUGGGGCAUCUGGAGAAGGCCGUAGUAUUGGAAUUAACUUUGAAACACUUAAAAGCUUUAACAGCCUUAACCGAGCAGCAGCAUCAGAAGAUAAUUGCUUUACAGAAUGGGGAGCGAUCUCUGAAAUCGCCCAUUCAGUCCGACUUGGAUGCGUUCCACUCGGGAUUUCAAACAUGCGCCAAAGAAGUCUUGCAAUACCUCUCCCGGUUUGAGAGCUGGACGCCCAGGGAACAGCGGUGUGUCCAGCUGAUCAACCACUUGCACGCCGUGGCCACCCAGUUCUUGCCCACCCCUCAGCUGUUGACUCAACAGGUUCCUCUGAGCAAAGGCGCUGGCGCGCCCCCGGCCGCCGCCCCCGCAGGGUCUGCGGCCGCCCCCUGCCUGGAGCGCGCGGGGCAGAAGCUUGAGCCCCUCGCCCACUGCGUCCCGGUCAUCCAGCGGACUCAGCCCAGCGCCGAGCUCGCCGCCGAGAACGACACGGACACCGACAGCGGCUACGGAGGCGAGGCCGAGGCUCGGCCGGACCGCGAGAGGGGCAAAGGCGCCGCGGCGAGCCGCGUCACUAUAAAGCAGGAGCCCCCCGGGGAGGACUCGCCGGCGCCCAAGAGGAUGAAGCUGGAUUCCCGCGGCGGCGGCGGCGGCGGCGGCGGCGGCGGCGGCGGCCUGGGGGGCGGCGCGGCGGCGGCGGCGGCCGCGCUCCUGGGGCCCGACCCGGCCGCCGCGGCCGCGCUGCUGAGACCCGACGCCGCCCUGCUCAGCUCGCUGGUGGCGUUCGGCGGAGGCGGGGGCGCGCCCUUCGCGCAGCCCGCGGCCGCCGCGGCCCCCUUCUGCCUGCCCUUCUACUUCCUCUCGCCGUCGGCGGCCGCCGCCUACGUGCAGCCCUUCCUGGACAAGAGCGGCCUGGAGAAGUACCUGUAUCCGGCGGCCGCCGCCGCCCCGUUCCCACUGCUGUACCCCGGCAUCCCCGCGCCCGCGGCCGCCGCCGCCGCCGCCGCGGCCGCCGCCGCCGCCGCCGCCUUCCCCUGCCUGUCCUCCGUGUUGUCGCCCCCUCCCGAGAAGGCCGGCGCCGCCGCCGCGACCCUCCUGCCGCACGAGGUGGCGCCCCCUGCGGCGCUGCACCCCCUGCACGCGCACGGCCGCACCCACCUGCCCUUCGCUGGCGCCCGCGAGCCCGGGAACCCCGAGAGCUCCGCUCAGGAAGACCCCUCGCAGCCGGGAAAGGAGGCCCCCUGAGUCCUCGCCGCGUUUCUUAGACAGGACGACGGUUCGCGCGGCGUAAUUCGAUUAAUAAGUUAAAACACCCUUACCGUUUUUAAGGGAGGAAGUGUAAUAGAUGCACGACAGGCUUUACAAACAACAACACAGGUGUUUUGUGUACAUUUGGAGUUCCUGUUUUGCUCAUCCCUCGCCACCCCACCCUCCGCACACUAACAUCCCUUUCUUCCCCCACCAGCUAUCAAAGAACCUCUGCAGUAUUGAUACUUUCUUCUUUAAGGAAUUUCCCCCCAAAUAAGUUUUGCCUUCCUUUAGGCCACGUUCCAUUAUUUGUUAAAAUAUAGAACCUAAUUCUGGAGGAAGUGAGAAGGGUCUGCUGUGUGGGUGAGCUAAUUGAACCAGGGGAGGAGCCAAGGUGGCCCAGGAGUUGACCUGAACCGCAGGUAGCUGUUAUCUGCCGCCCCCCCUCCCCCCCCCCCCGUCCUGCCUGCUUCGGGGGGGCUUUCCACAAACAGUGAGGACCUUUUAGAACUGAGUUUACUCUUCCGUAUUUUAUAACGUUCAGCUUUUUAAAAGGUAUAUAUUUUUCAAAGAGGAAGAAGUGAGGAUGCACCCACUUGCGUUGCAACCUAUUCUGAAGUGGUUUGAAUGGUAUCCCUUAGUACCUUGCUCUUGUUUAAAGAGACGCGGAGUUGGCCAUUGUCAGAACUAAGUCAGGGAAGGAGAUGCAUGAGGAAGGCCAGAAUCAUUCUUGGUACAUUUACUAGCACUUUAUUGAAAAAUUGACCGUGACUCAAUUGACUUGUCUUAAUUUCAUAUAUAUAUAUAUAUAUAUAUAUAGACACACACACACACACUCACACACACACAUGCACACUCACCCCGACGUGUAUAUAUAUGUGUGUGUGUAUAUGUGUGUGUGUGUAUGUGUGUAUAUAUAUAUAUUUCAUCUAUUUCCACCUUGCCAUUAUUUAAUCCACCAUGUUCCUAAGUUUUUAUAAUCUUGCUGUAAAAAAAAAAAAAAAGGAAUGUGCACUGAACUUAAAAACAAAAAAGUCCAAAAUGAUUUAUCCUAUAGUCUUUCUGUUAAAUAACAAAAGUGGAGGAAAGCAUUAAACUGGUCAGUUUUGAUUGGAAAUGCUGUAAAGAUGUGGAUGAAGCCCUGUGUGGCCUUCCUAUCUCCAAGUCUAUGUAUUUUCUGGAGACCAAACCAGAUACCAGAUAAUCACAAAGAAAGCUUUUUUUAAUAAGGCUUAAACCAAGACCUUGUCUAGAUAUUUUUAGUUUGUUGCCAAGGUAGCACUGUGAGAAAUCUCACUUGAAUGUUAUGUAAGGGGUGAGACACAACAGUCUGACUAUAAGUGAAGAAAAUAUCUGGGUCUUUUAGUCAGUUUGGUGCAUUUGCUGCUGCUGUUGCUACUGUUUGCCUCAAACGCUGUGUUUAAACAACGUUAAACUCUUAGCCUACAAGGUGGCUCUUAUGUACAUAGUUGUUAAUACAUCCAAUUAAUGAUGUCUGACAUGCUAUUUUUGUAGGGAGAAACUAUGUGCUAAUGAUAUUUUGAGUUAAAAUAUCUUUUGGGGAGGAUUUGCUGAAAAGUUGCACUUUUGUUACAAUGCUUAUGCUUGGUACAAGCUUAUGCUGUCUUAAAUUAUUAAAAAAAAUAAAUACUGUCUGCAAGAAA